AUGGAUAAUUCAUUUUGGCAUGCGGCUUUACUUUAUAUUCAUCGUCCAAAUCUACUAAAUAAACGUUUACUUGGUGCUAAAUUAGAACGAUUUUGGCAAUUUCCAAGCGAACAUUAUGAAAUCGAGCAAUUUUUCUUAGCAUCAAAUUACAAAACAUGCAUUAAACACCUUAAUUCAAUUUUUAAAAUUUGUGAUGAGAAUAGUAAUCUCUUGAAUUUUUGUGAUCAAUCAAAUGAAUUGCAACAACAACGACCGAUAUUAAUUCUUCGGAAAUUAUUCCGUAAACAAUCACUUAAAUCAUUGUUGAAGAAUUCGGCAUCAUCUGAUCAAUCUAUUAAUAAUAAUAAUAUCGAAUAUGAUUUUGUCUGUCUAUAUCCAUUAUUAAAUGAAUUCAUCAUUGUACCAGUGAAUGUUGAUCCCGGAUUCAAUGUUGAUGUUGGGCAAGAUGAAAAUUCUGGUCAUGUUCAAAUUAAUAUUCGCAAUGGAAGUGAUGACAUUGCUUUUGCAUUGAAAUUGAUUGAUGAUGAUGACGAAACAAAAAGCUGUGAUAAGGAAAACUUUCAUCUUGAACUUUCUUUUCCAUCAUUGGGACCAACCGAAAAUGGAAAAGAAUCACAAUUAUGGUUAAAGAAUGUCUUCAAGAAUAAAUUCGAACGAUGGAUUCGACAGCAAAGAAAACAGAAUAUCGAAAUAAUUGACAACAAACUCAAGGGCAAAUGGAAAGAGGAAGAAAAAAGUCAAAAUAGUAGCUAUGUCGACAAUCAUGAUAAUAAAAAGUUCGAAGGAUCAAUUAGAAACAUUUCUGUAGAAAAUUAUUGCGAAAAUUAUAAUCGCCUUAAGCAAAAAUAUGUUCAACCAUUGAUGCGUAUUUGGACAACCAUUGAAAAUACGGAUCCGAUCAAAUUCAUCUAUGAAGAUAUUGCCAUUGCAGCUUAUUUGAUUACAUUGUGGCAAGAAGAAAUGGAAAAGUUUGAUUCCAUUCAACAACGGAAACAAACAUUUGCCGAUAUCGGCUGCGGUAAUGGGCUUUUAGUCUAUAUACUUACUCAGGAAGAAUAUGACGGAUAUGGUGUCGAUUUACGACGACGAAAUAUUUGGAAUCAAUACAACAAUGACAAUCAACAGAAAAAAGUUCGAUUAAUCGAAAUGAAGAUUGACCUUUUUGAAUAUGAAACUUCGAUUGAUUUUGGUCUGCCACAUUGUGAUUGGAUGAUCGGUAAUCAUUCGGAUGAAUUGACACCAUGGAUACUUUAUAUGGCUGCCAUGCAAAAUACACAAACACGAGUAUUUCUAUUGCCUUGUUGUUGUUAUAAUUUGGACGGUUUCAAAUUUCAACGUACAACAGAGCCAUCAACCAAAAGUCAAUACCAAUGUUAUAUUGAUUUUCUUGAACGUCUUUCUUAUCAAUUUGGAUUUGCUCGAUGUCAACGUGAUAAGCUACGUAUACCAUCCACAAAACGUAUUUGUUUAAUCUGUACAGGCCGAACUUAUUCGAUGUCAUUGAUUUCAAACAACAACAUUAAUGAUGAUGGUGACCAAAACUUCAGCAAACAAAACGAUAAAUCGAUCGAAUCAGAAUGGCAACAAAAACGUCGCCAAAUAGUUAGAAAUUCAUUACAAAAACAGAAUGAUCCAAAUCAACGAAAACGUUUACGUGAGACUAAAGAACCCGUACGUAAUUGUACUCGUAUCGAUCAGAAUAUCAAACAAGAAAUCAUUAGUAGAUUGUCUAACGCUCUAAUAUCUCUGGCGAACAAUGAAAAAGACCCUUAUGAUGGAUCGUCGUUGAGUUUUCAGGAGGCGAUCGAUUUGCUUGAUUCGAACAAUCCCAAUAAUGAUUCGGAUGAUAAAGAUCGGAUACGUAAACAUAUGAAAAAUCAAUGCGGAGGCCUACAAACUUUUAUUCGAAAUCAUAAAUUCAUAUUCACUAUUCGUAAUGGCCGAAUUCAAUUUCAAACGAUCGAAUAUUUACGCAUUUGUAACCAAAAUAUCGUUGAUAAUAAUCAAAAUGAUGUACAAAUGAUGAAAACAAAAAAAGAUUGUUGGUUUUAUCAAAAUCAUCCACGUGGCUGUCCAUUGUCAGCCAAUGAAUGUCGAUUUAGGCAUCCGAUUUAAUGAUAUUACAUCAAUUUUUUUUCGAAUGAAUAAUCUUCGCUAUUUAUAUAUAUGCUUAACCCUUUUUUUCACACCAAAAAAAUGCAUUUUUUCACUUGACUAAAUAAGUUAUUUUCUUUAUUCAUUUAUCAUAUUAAAAUUGAAAAUUUUUUAUCAUUA